AUGCUGCAAUGGAAAUCUCCAACGAUCCAAACCACCACCCCCUUCCCCUUCCUUCACCCUUACCCUCACUCAUCCCCCUCGCAAAGCUUGAGCCCGCAGCAAGUUAACCUCAUUAUGCUUUUUGACUUUUUCGGCGAUCUCGCCGAUGCCGCAAAGAAGACGACAGCACGACGUCAGUUUGCCUGCCCCGAGAGCAAAAGAGCCAUGUUAGCCAAGUGUCGGCAAGAGCUCAAUGCUGCGGUCCGGGUCGGGGCCCAUGGUUUUCCGCCUGCGUUGCUUCCUCGGGAACGACGAUACUUUGGUGUUCCGGUCUUGGCUGGAGAUGUACUCCAAGAUCAAUGA